AAUCCCUUUUGUGUCAGCAAAUCAACAAACAACUUUGUUUAUUCCGAUCAAUCUCCCCCUUUUCAUUAGUUUUCGUCGUCGGUCGUUAGUCAUCCGCACUCUCCGGCCGGUACCGUGUGCUGCCAAGUGGAAUAAAACGGGACACGUCCCCAAGACCGGGUCAUUCCUUUUGUCGCAAGCGUGGGCGCUCCUCCGUAGCGGCAUAGUUUGGCGGCGAGUGCGUGUCGUUCGUAGUUUCCCGCUUGCCGCGAAUCCCACGUGUCCUAUCAAAUAAAUCAUCCUUUGACACGUCUCCUGGGGGCUUUUUCUCAACCGAAGGAGAGAGAGAGAGAGACUGGAGCGCGUAGCAAACAAGCCAUUGAAUAGGAACAAAAAGUUGCUCGUGGGUUGUAAAGCACCAUUAUGGGGCCUUGAUUCCGCAUAAUUUCAUCAUUACGAGUCGCCGCAAUCACAAUUUCACCUUUCUGUCUGGUUGGUUCUCUUGGAACCCAUAAUCAAAUAAAUUCGGGUAGGUAUCCGGACGGAAGGGAGAACCCUUUUUUUCUGACCAGACACUGGUGCUACUAGGGUAUGUUUGAGAAGGAGGCAAGACAAUGAAGAACAGUUCGGCAAAUUUAAGGACGUGAGUUUUAAUCCCCAGCUACGCCAAUGUGUUUACAUCGUCGGCUAUAGAGCUUCAACGAUACCGAGGGUUAUAAAUCUGAAUUCAUGCAAUUCAGAGGAUCAAGCACAAAAAAAAGAGACUAACAAAACACACGAUUCGAGUCAGUGACCGUGAAGUUUUAUAAUGAAUCAAAAUUAUGUGCAAAAAUGCGAAGAAUAUUUGGAAAAUAUACCUCCCCAAAAGGAAACGUUGUCGUCGCCGGUUCCGGGUCAGCAACGUGUUGAUUCGACUUGCGUGAAUCGAAGAAUAGCAGCCACCACCACCCCUACCGCCAUCAAUGGUGGUCGAGGUCAGGCGGCGUCCCGAAAACUGGUCCCGGGACAGCCGUUCGUUCGAGGAAAACUGUCAAUCAAUAACCGUGGAGGCGUCGAUGUGCCAGGAUCAAUUGGAAAAGUUAAGAAAACAUCGAACCUGAAUCAGCAGAAGAAGCAAACGGACUCUAAAUUUAUUCGCUCGUGCCAUCGCCCGGAUCAACAACAGCCCGAACGUCUGCAACGAAUCCUUCUCGAUAAGGCACCAUGCGUCCGCACCGGGCCGAACGUUGGUACUGGAGCGCGCGGAAGGGAAAAUGCCAGCGAUAAUGUCAAUCAGCCUGACAACGUGAAACCGUCGUUGGUGGCCUCUGCUUCCAAGCUCAAGGGAAAUUACGCGAUCGGGGCCGUUGAGGCCGAACUUGGGCGGCAGCAGCAGAAUGCAAAAAGCGUAACAACCGACAGCUGGGAUGGAAUACUGACGUCUACGAAUACGGGAAUGUCGCUGGCGCAGAUCAAAUCUAAGGAGCGCUCUCAUCACAUUGAAUCAUCAUCCAUCGGUGUCCCACCAGGACCACCUUCAACUUCAACAUCAACAGCAUCGUCAUCGUGCUCCAUGACAAGACCAACCAGCUCGAUAGUGGCCGUUCCUCCGCAGCCACGGCGCCCACCGGCCGUGGCUCCCCAGCAACUUUCCCGGAAAAUGGCGUUAUGCAAGUCAUCGGAGCUGGAAACUGACGGUAUUAAUUUAUUCCGUUUCGAUCCACUGAGGACCCUUCAAUUUUUAACGCUCGAGCUCAAGUCCAAGCUGAAAGCACUCAAUUCCUCCACUACUGGCAGUAGCCCAGAGCUUAAACAGCUGUACAAAAUUUCCAAGGAGCUGCUGCUGGCGGUGAAAAUAUUAACGGAGAGCUGGAACGAUGCUCAAAUGGCAAGCCGGAGCUGCAAGCAUUGCGAGAAGUUUGCAGUGAAGCCGAGUGAUAAGGAUGUCCCUCUAACCAUUGAUCCGAUGAAUACAUCUACAAUUAGAUGCACGAGUUGCGAGAAUCUUAAAAGCAAACUGGACCAAAAGACCGAGAUCCACACCCAGCAGACGAAACUAUUGAACGAUGAAAUUAAUUAUCUUAAGGCCAAAUUGCUGACCCUAGCCACCGAAAGCACAGAACAACAGCCAACAGACGAGAUGGCAUCAACGGAGCAGCCCGAGCCGGAAAGCGGCCGUACGAACCUGGCCGCGCCUUCAAGCGACCAACAGCUUCAGCAGUGGCUGGAAGGGGAAAUUAAGCGAUUGCAAACGAUGAUAAGUGACAAACAAACGCUCCAAGACGGUCUUAUCGACGAUCUCCAUCGGAAGCUGCAGGAAGCGAACAGUCGGUGCCGGCGUCUCGAGCAAAGCCGGAACGAGUCGGAAAAGCGCCUGCUCUACGCAUCGCUCGAGAACGAACGAUUGAAUUUUCUCCUAAACACUCAAGCAUCCACCAUGACCAACCUACAGAGCGAUUUCAGCGCAAUCGAAUCCCUCGCCCACCAGCAAGCCGACCUUUUGCAGGAUCGAAUUCAAAGCCCUCCUAAUGGUACCCGCACAAGUGCCACUCGUUCGCCCAUCGGCAACAACAAAGCAUCAAACCCCAUCAUCACCAUCAUCGAUAAUCACCAUUGCAAUUAUCGGCACCCUUCCGGCGCAAUCCCAUCGUCAAGCCGUACCUCCUGCUCCUCCUCUCCGCUCGCCGUAGCUGCCGAUGACUGCCACCGCAACUACGACAACAGAAAUCAGCAGCCUUUUUCCAGCCCUAGUUGGCAGCGGCAAUCAUCAAACUCCGAUAGCACCAGCACACGGGGAAAGCCCGAUGCACGCAAUGAUGAUGCUGUUGCGGCGGUGGCGGCAACGACGGCGGCGGGAAAACUCAGGAAGCAAAGGCGUCAUUAUAGGUUCAAAAAUAACGCUGAAAAAGAAAGUGACGACGGUAAUGAUGCUAACGACUUGGCAUCACAGCCCCCAUCCCCGUCUUUCCGGUCGAUGACACUAUCGUUGGCACUAGAGGCGACAAAGCCACUCGAUGACUGCAACGGCAUUGGUGGUUCCACCGCCGCAACUUCUGCCACAUUCCAACGUAACCCAGAUGAUAUUCCUGGUGGCGGCGAUGGGGCUGAUGCAGUUGCUCCCACCAGGAGAGGUGCAAAAACCAGGACAUAUUUCAACUCAGCACCCCCCGCAUUGCUGCCGCCAUCUGUGGCGCCCGAACCUUUGAGCUCAUCCAAAUCCUUGUCGUCGGCUGGGGGAUUUGCAAGAAUCAGAUCAGUCAGGCGCCCACUUUUGAUUGAUUCUGAUUGUGAGCAAUCUGUACUGGAGCAGGAACCGCCCUUCAACAGCACCGGCGCAGAACCCAUGCGAACCCCGCAUGCCAUCAUCGACUGCCCAAUGGCUCCUUCUGGAAAAAGAUAUCCCCAUAGACAAGGAGGCCCGGUUGUAACGAGAAGCUAUGCUUCGAGUUCUACGACCGAUGACAAACAUGGUUCCAGCGAACUACGAAUUGGUUUCAGUAAGACUAAUAAUAAUUGCGCUAGUCUUGGAUACCAACGACCGGAACAACAACAACAACAUCAACAACUACCGCCGCCGGGGCUAGGGCACCUAAUGGCAUCGGUAGUUGCCGGUGAACCUUCGUCUCCUUCGAGCACCAAAAGCAAAAAGGACAACGACGAUGACAACAGAGCCACCGUGGAAGAAAAAUACCCAAGGGAUUAUGGUGAUAAAUUUGAGCGCCGUGAAAGUUGCCUGCCCCAGUUGUCGCUGUCGUCGGGAAAGGAGCUUUGCCAAAAUCGCCCGAUAAUAGGUCAGAUUAGACAGGAGCACAGUGCCAGUGCCGAUGCCGGUGGUGCUCAGGCAACGAACGGAACUAAGACAGAAGCUCAACUCGAACGGGAUGCGGCGAAGGUGCCAGCGGAAGGAAGGAAAGCCAUCUCUGUCGCUAACGAGUCCGCAUCCGCCCCGCAGCGAACGGAGGAGUUUUCUAUUGACUUUGAUGAUAUAACUCUACCGACGUCACCGACUCCGUUUCAAGGUGGUAGUCUAUCAUCAAUUGCAGAAAAUCUGAGACUAGAUGAUGAUUCAAAUAUAUGAAUUACAUUUGCUGGAUUCAAAGGAUGUUGGAGUACGUAUGGCAAUGAUAGUGACGCAAACGUAUUGCCCUAUAACAUAACUAGUAGGUACUUCAGAUUUUGAUUACUUCGUCUGUUUAAAUAUCUCUGCCGUCAAACUUAGCACAAUGAAAUGAUAAAAUACGCAUCCCUUAGUAUUUUUCUUUCUUUCUUAUGUUGUUAAUUGUAAAAUGAUUUAGAAUCAAUCGCGACUUUUCGCAAUUGUACACACUAGAAAUUUUUGAUGGUCCUUAAAACACGACAAGAUCAUUCAGUUCAAAAUAAAUAGACAAUAAUAAAAAUAGUUGGACUACAUA